GAGGGGGGCAGUCACUUUUGGGAGCAUCACCCAUCCAACUGGAGAGUCGGUUGAUCUCCACGCAGCUGGAGGGCAGAAAUGGCCCUCUGGCUGCACAGUUUUGCACUGAGUUCCAUGCACAUGCCCAGAAACUUGCCUGCAGCUCAAUAGAGCAAGAGUUGUGCAACAGUGGAAUCAGCUGCCUGGGGUGGUGGUGAGCUCCCUCUCGUUUCAGGGGUCACAGAAUCAUAGAGUUGGAAGAGACCCCAAGGGCCAUCAAAUCCAACCCCCUGCAGUGCAGGAACACACCAUCGAAUCUCUCCUGACAGACGACCAUCCAACCUCUCCUUAAAAACCUCCAAAGAAGGAGAUUCCACCACACUCCGAGCUAUGACCAUGCAGUUCAUCAGUCACCGCUUCCCUGAAGAUCACGACCCCACCAUCGAGGAUGCUUACAAAAUCCGAAUAAGAAUUGACGACGAACCUGCCAAUCUGGACAUUUUGGAUACAGCGGGCCAGGCAGAAUUCACUGCCAUGAGAGACCAGUACAUGAGGGCAGGUGAAGGAUUUAUUAUCUGUUACUCUAUCACGGACCGCCGAAGUUUCCAUGAAGUGCGUGAGUUCAAGCAGCUGAUCUACCGCGUCCGGCGUACGGAUGAGACCCCCGUCGUCCUUGUGGGAAACAAAUCUGAUCUGGCACAGCUGAGACAGGUCUCCAACGAGGAAGGCCAGGCCUUGGCCCGUGAAUUCAGCUGCCCCUUUUUCGAAACGUCCGCCGCCUUCCGCUAUUACAUCGACGACGUGUUUCACGCGCUUGUCCGGGAAAUCAGAAGGAAGGAGAAAGAAGCCGCAAUGGCCUUGGGGAAGAAAUGCAAGCCACGAACCCCCGUGUGGAAAAGGCUGAAGUCUCCCUUUCGGAAGAAGAAGAACUCUGUGACGUGACCGUAAGGCUGCCUCCAACAACAGCGAAACGGAACUGUGGCCCAUCGGUGGAUCAGAACAGCGCUGGAGCCUUAGCUGUGUUGCCUCAAACUGUGUCAAUUGAAAUAGUUUCGUUUUUUAGAAGUAUUUGUGGAAGCUGCUCCUGUGACCUGGGGACCAAGGGGUUGUCAGGACAUAACAUGCGUUUCGGACUUUGUGGAUUGCCUUUUCCUGGGGAAGACUUGGCAAAAGAAGUUGAUCCAAAGUGGUUGUAAACCGGUUUUGCAAAAGCAGGCAGCCAUCUUGCUUUGCCUUAAGAGUCGCCAGGCAGACGGAGGCGAUACUUAUUCCUGAAAGGCCGUUGUCUGGCAACCUGAGGAUUCCUUUUGGCUCGGUUUCAGGGAUUCAGCAGCAUUUGCAAUGGUAGAAUUGCGCCUUAGGUGUGUUGGGUGGCUAACGUAAUGGGAGUUUGCUUUUCCUUUUUUUUUUUUUUUUGCCAAAUGAGAUGACAAAACGCAACAAGGGAAUCUUGACGAAGGUUUUGUCCACCACGGGGCUAGCAGAUUUUAAAUGAAGGGAGGGAGGGGGAAUGGUGAGAGAAGGAGGCUGUUGAAACGUCUCCCUUACUCUCCCCGUGUGUAUUUUUCCACUAAGAAAUUACUGGACUCGCCUUCGACACCCUUGUAGGCAGGACGGGGCGGGAUGAAGGAUUUUUGUAAGCUGUAGUAAAGUGGGAACCCGACGGAAACAGCCAUGCAGUCUCGGGUGACCGCGAUGCAGGUUUCUUUGUGUGUGUGUUUUCUGCAGUUGCUGUAAGAGUUAUGCACCCAGAUGAGUUGAGUUUUCCCAGUUCUGACGCUGUACUCCCCCACCCCACACACACACACACUUUUUUUGAGGCUGUUUUGAAGACAUCAGACUGUGAAGCAUUCGCCCUGAAUAGUUUGCCUCACCUGUCUGUCGUCAGGCACCCCCAGUUCCGUACUUCAUAAGAAACUGCAGAUGGAAGCUUAGAUGGGAUUUGCCCGUCUCCUUUUUGUGAUGUUUUUGUACGUGAAGGUCUGUGGCCAGUGAGACACGGGUUGAAGGAUGAUAGAAAGGCAUGGUGGAAGUUGUCAGAAGUGUGGGUGGGCGAGCAGUUUUGAGGCAAAGGUGACAUGCCAACACAGGGGUUGCCUGCAGAUCCCAUUUUGGGCCGCUCCCAAGGAGAGUGUCUCGGGUCAAAGGUCCCAGGCAACGUUUCCUCCUACGGCCUCUGGAACGCAGCCACCAGCUCGUGAUCCGCUUGAGUAGCAUGGCGAGAAGGCGGCGAAUACGGGGUGGUGGCGUCGCAGCUGAUAAGUCACAGGAGACUUUCUUCUGAGAGACUUGAAGAAGAAAAGGUUCGUGCGGUGUAGUAGUCGGGCUAGGGUCCUGAGGGGCGAGUUUGAACCCCCGUUCUGCUGAGUGACGCUAGGCCAGUUUUGCGCCCUCAGCCUAAGAUAUUUCACAGAGUUGCUUUGAGGAUAAAGUGGAGAACGAUGUGAGCUACUUUGGGUCCCCACUGGGGGGGAAAGCAAAUGAAGUGAAUACUACAGUUCAGGAUAAAGAGAUGCUCAACUUAAUUUUUUUCAGGCCUCAACAAACGCGGGGAGAACCAGACUGUCCCGUGAGGCUUUCUCGUGCUUCCCUGUCAGUAGCAUAAGGCAGGUUAAAAUUACCUGGAAGACUCCUAGGUGGGGACUGGCAUGGCCCCAGUGGUCAGAGCAUCCAGUUAGGACCUGGUUUUGAAUCCCCUGCUUUGCUGUGGAAGCCUUCAGGGCGACUCUAGGCCUGUACUGAUCUUUCAACCUAAUCUACCCUCACUGGGUCACUGUUAGCAUUCAGUGGAAGUGAGGUGAAUAACCUGAAAGGCCGCUUCGGGUCCUCAAGUCGGGGAAAAGCAGGAUAUAAAUAAUAACUCAAAACAGAGAUGCCGCAGGGGUUUUUUUCCUGGGUGAUUUCAGAUGAAUUUCGCCGGAGUCAGUUCCUUUGAAAACUGUGCCUUUUCCACAAGCGCUGCCUUAUUUGCACAAACCUCUGCCACACUGUAUACAUCUCAUUUUGGCUGGCACUAGGUCUAAAUCAAUUGUCAAAUCUCAUUUGGCUGGCACUAGGUCUAAAUCAGUUUUGUACACAAUACCUUAAUAGGGUAAUUUUGCAAAGAAAAGGGUUUUUUAAAUUUGAGAACCUCCUCCUUUGGACCCUCUUCUUUCAAGUCGCUUUGCGUUCUCCCUUUCAAAAAGCAAUAUAGUUGGGAAAUCUGUCACGUUAUAUUAGAAUAUAGGCAUUUCUUGGGGUCUCUUAACGUUUUUCAUUCCCCUUCGGUUGCCAGCUUGUACUCGCAGGUUUGUUUAAUGUAUAUAUAUAUAUAUAUAUAUAUCUUAGCCACAUUAAAUUUAGCCAGGCAACCAAGAGGGUAGGGAGGUAAAAAUCACAUUCCACUUAGCGUGGAAAUUUUUAAAUGCAUUUUAUUGACCACAGAAAUAUAUGAUGUAUUUAUAUAGUAAAUUAACUUAAUGAUCUGUGCUGGAUCGUUUUCACAGCUACUAACUUUUAGGAACACGUUUCUAACUUAAUAGAUGAUUUUGUUUAGUCAUCAGUCGGAUGCUGUUGCAUUGUGCUGGGUAUAUCAUGCAGCCGUGGCGGAGAACCUAUGGCACUCCAGAUGUUCUUGAACUACAAUUCCCAUCAGCCCCUGCCAGCAUGGCAGAAUAAGCUGAUUAGCCAUGCUGGCAGGGGCUGAUGGGAAUUGUGGUCCAUGAACAUCUGGAGUGCCGUAGGUUCGCCACCACUGUCAUAUAGGAUUGUUACAAUGUGAUAAACCGUUAUAGGCGACGUGGGGAGCAGAAGGAAAAAAAGAAACCAAUCCCAAUCCCAUUGCUUCCUUUGAAGGCAUUAAAACUCGACUUUUCUACUUCUGCAGAGCUCGUUGCUUUACCACCCAAAGUGGGAUUUUUGAAAAGCCUUUUGGCAGAAGGACGGCAUUUCUGUGCCUUAAGCAGGUAGAGAAUCCAGCAUUCCGUGGUGCUAAAUGUGAGCCUCUCUCUCUCUUUCACCUGCAGAAUAAGCACUUUCUUUGCACACAAUUCACGGUUGUUUCACGUAUGCAUUUGUAUGCAAAAGCCGAGAUCUGUAUUUGCCAAUAAUAAAGACUUUGUAAUAAGA